CAUCGAUCUUUCUCCUCGCCCACGUAGUACAAUCUCAUCUUGACAACCAUGGUGCAGCGUACUUCCAACGCCGAGGUCAUGUCGAUGGACCUGUCGCCCAAGAAGCCCGCCAAGGCCUACGGCAGCGACGGCGGCGCCUACUACGACUGGUCGCCGGCCGACCUGCCCAUGCUCGGCGGGGCCUCCAUCGGCGCCGCCAAGCUGCACCUCUCCGCCGGCGGCCUCGCGCUCCCCAGCUACUCCGACUCGUCCAAGAUCGCCUACGUGCUCCAGGGCGCCGGCGCCUGCGGCCUCGUCCUCCCCGAGGCGGCCAGCGAGAAGGUGAUCCCCGUCAAGGAGGGCGACACCCUGGCGCUCCCCUUCGGCGCCGUCACCUGGUGGCACAACGCCGAGGGCGCCUCCGCGGAGCUGGUGGUGCUCUUCCUCGGCGACACCUCCAAGGGCCACACUCCCGGCCGCUUCGCCAACUUCCAGCUCACCGGCGCCACCGGCAUCUUCACGGGCUUCUCCACCGAGUUCGUCGCGCGCGCCUGGGACCUCGACCAGGACGCCGCCGCCAAGAUCGUCUCCACCCAGCCUGGCUCCGGCAUCGUCAAGAUCGCCGCGGGGCACCGGAUGCCGGAGCCUCGCGCCGAGGACCGCCAGGGCGUGGUGCUCAACUGCCUCGAGGCGCCGCUCGACGUGGACAUCCCGGGCGGCGGCCGCGUGGUGGUGCUCAACACGGCCAACCUGCCACCGGUGAAGGACGUUGGGCUGGGCUCUGACCUCGUGAGGAUCGACGGUCGCUCCAUGUGCUCGCCGGGAUUCUCCUGCGACUCGGCCUACCAGGUCACCUACAUAGUGCGCGGCGGCGGCCGCGUCCAGGUCGUCGGCAUCGACGGCACCCGUGUACUGGAGACCCGCGCCGAGGCGGGCUGCCUCUUCAUCGUGCCUAGGUUCUUCGUCGUCUCCAAGAUCGCAGACGACACCGGCAUGGAGUGGUUCUCCAUCAUCACCACGCCAAACCCGAUCUUGAGAGAAGUGCAUAUUUCAACCCUGAACUCUUGCCCUGGUCUAGUUUACAACCCCAAACUCCAAUGCCGUCUAAAUUACAACCCCCAACUCUCAAAACCGGUUAGGAUCCAACCCUCUCCUCUCUGUUGACCGGUUUCGACCAGUCAACAGGUCCAGUCAGCAUGCCACGUCAGCAAAAAAAUUUGAAUCUAUAAAAUCGAAAAAAAUCCAGGAAAAGAAAUAAAAAAAUCAAAUUUGCAGGAAAAAAUCAGGGAAAAAUAAAAAAAACGAAUUUCCGAAAACAAAAUUAUCAAUAUUUCCAUGAAAAACCAAAAAAUACUUAAAAUAAAAAAACUCCAGGGAAAAAUUUCAAAUUCCCAAGAAAAAUAUUUAAAAAUGUAAAAUAAAAAAGUUAAAAUUUCUAGAAAAAGUAAUUUCCAAAAAAAUUAUUAUUUUUAUUUUUUCCUGAAAAUUACAGGAAAAGUUCUUGAAUUUUUUUCGCAAACUUUUUCCCCAGGAAAUUUUAUUUCGGAUUUUUUCUCGAUCUUACAGAUUUUUAAUUAUAUUUUCUUGAAAUUUUGAAUUUUUUUCUGAUGUGGCAUGCUGAUUGGACCCGAUGAUUGGUCAAAACCAGUCAACAAGGAGGGGAUGGUUGAAUCCUGACCGGUUUUGAGAGUUGAGGGUUGUAAUUUAGAUGGUAUUGAAGUUCGGGGUUGUAAAUUAGACUAGGGCAAGAGUUCGGGGUUGAAAAAUGCACUUCUCUCCCCGAUCUUUAGCCACUUGGCUGGUAGGACGUCGGUGUGGAAGGCGAUAUCGCCGGAGGUGCUAGAGACGGCCUUCAACACCACGCCAGAGAUGGAAAAGAUGUUCCGCUCCAAGAGGCUCGACUCUGAGAUCUUCUUUGCUCCCAACUAGAUCAUCCGCACAUUUGUCCAUCUCUGGCUUGGCAACACCUUAGAUUAUGUUUUGAUUAGGGUUGCCAAGGGUUAGUUGAAUUGAAGUUUGUCGCGUUUGAUGGAUUAUGUAAUAAUAAGCCUGAGAUGGAUUUGUCACGCUGGUUAGUUUUUAUUGAAAUCUGUGAGAUCAAUUAAUGUUUGAUCAAUGCAAGAUGUGUAUCGAUA